UCAUCUCGGGAGAAGAGGGAAUUGCUGCUAAUCAUGCCCUUUUGGGAAUAGAAACUAUUAAUUUUGAAGGUUCGGAGAUUAAGGAAAUAUUAAUCAAGGAUUUGGAUGGACUAGAAAGAUGA